AUGCUUAUGCCAGGCGAAAAAAAGGUGGAAAACUGGGUCCAGGGUGGUAAACGUCAAAAAAUUGACGAACUUGACGAUAUUUUGGUGGAUAUUACGGGUUAUUCUUUCUCCCACUUGAGGACCACUUUUGUGUACACUGGGUUCGUUCUAACAUGCGGACUGUUGAGACUAGUUUUUCACUGGUUUCCUCACUGGAUGCUGAUGUGUAUGUAUAAUAAGUGUGCUUUGAUGGAGGCUGAGAAGAUUCUCGUUCAGGAUAUCUAUGGUGUUUACUACAUACAUGAUGUGAUCGUUGACGUUAUUGAAGGAGUGAAUUAUACCAGGAGGUCUUACGUCCGUAAGCCUGUGUCAUUCAUGAAGUCACGAAUGAUGAGCCUUGAGAACGAUGGUAGGAUGAUGUGUUAUUUCAUUCACAAAUGUUUAAAGUACGUAUGGAAUGGCGAGACUCACCGUUUCGAGCUCAUUAGGAGCUGGCAUGAAACUACAUAUGAAGAAAUUCUGGAUUCUAAGCCUUUGAAUAACGAAACAGUCCUUAUGAAUCGUGCGUUGUAUGGAAUGAAUGAAAUAAGUAUCAAUCUUACUUCAAUUGUCAGGCUACUACUUGAUGAGUGCUUGAAUCCAUUCUACUGUUUCCAAAUAUUCAGUUGUAUUUUGUGGUAUUCUGAAGAGUACUGGACGUACGCUACUUGUAUUGUUGUUAUUUCAGUUAUGUCACUAUCAUGGCAGGUUUAUGAACUACGUAGAAACGAAAAGACUCUUAAAGAAACUAUGUGUAUAUCCUCUUCUGUAAUCGUUUAUCGAGAGGAAGAUGGGGUUAAAGAAUUCAAAGAAGUGGAUUCCAUUUCAUUAGUUCCCGGUGAUAUAAUUGAAAUUCCACAAAACGGGUGUCUGGUUCAAUGUGAUGCCAUCUUACUAGCAGGAAACUGCAUAGUAAAUGAAAGUACAUUGACCGGUGAAAGUGUUCCAGUUACCAAAAUUCCCUUACCCGAUUCACCAUCAAAGGGUACGUUAUUCGAUAUCAAAGUUCAUGGUCGGCAUAUUUUAUUUGCUGGUACUACUGUUAUUCAAACAAGAAAUUAUGCAGAUGAGCGAGUUCUGGCUGUUGUUGCACGCACUGGCUUUUACACUGUCAAGGGUGAGCUUGUACGGUCAAUUCUGUUUCCGAAACCUCUAAAAUUCAAAUUCACUCAAGAUUCCCUCCGGUUUAUUUUUGCUUUGUCUAUUCUUGCUGUGAUUGGUUUGGGAGUUUCAAUCUACUUAAUGAUCAGAGUUAAUGUUGGUGUUGGUGACAUUAUCCGUCGAGCGUUAGAUUUGGUUACUGUAGUGGUACCACCAGCCUUACCUGUUGUAAUGACAGUAGGAGUUGUUCUGGCUCAACGACGUUUGCUAUCGCAUGGGAUUUUUUGUGUCAAUCCAACCGUGAUCAAUGUUUGUGGAGUAAUCAAUGUAGCUUGUUUUGAUAAAACGGGCACUUUAACGGAAGAUGGUUUGGAUAUGUGGGGUAUCAUUCCUUAUGAAGAUGGUUUAUUUGGAGAUCCGGAAUUAGAACCAUCAGAGUUGGAUAAUGGUCCUCUAAUGGAAUGUUUAGCGACUUGUCACUCAUUGACAUUGAUUGAAGGAGUUCUGUGUGGAGAUCCUCUGGACUUAAAGAUGUUCCAGUCAACUAAAUGGGAACUCAUUGAAGAAGCUGCUGACCACUGUAAAUUUGAAAUGGCUGUCCCUGCUAUCGUACGUCCAUCUAGUAAAACCAGUUUGACGGAAAAGACUUCUGAAAAAUUCAAUGGUGAUGAUAUUCCAUAUGAAGUGGGUAUUUUACGUCAAUUUCCAUUCAGUUCUUCAUUACAACGUAUGUCUGUGAUUACUCGUGCUCUCAAUCAAAAUCAUUUCAAUAUCUAUACUAAAGGUGCACCUGAAACUAUUGAAUUAUUGUGCAGAUGUGAUACUAUUCCUAGGGAUUUCCAUUCUACUCUGUUGGAAUACACACGUGAAGGUUAUCGAGUUUUAGCAUUAGCUUGGAAACCAUUGAAAGCAACCUAUACAAAAGUUUUACGUGUAUCUAGGGAACGUGUUGAGCAAGAUCUACAAUUUCUUGGUCUAUUGAUUAUGGAGAACCGUUUGAAACCGGAAACAACUCAAGUGAUUGAAACUUUAAGAUAUGCCAAUAUUCGACCUGUAAUGGUAACUGGUGAUAAUAUGUUGACUGCAUUGUCAGUAGCUCGAGAUUGCGAGAUGAUCGAUGAACUGGAUCGUAUUAUUCUUGUGUCUGCAAAACCACCACCAUUUCCUCGUCAUGUUCAGUCAUCUAGUCCGAAUGAUUCUGUAGCUUGUUCUACCAAAGUUGAUCUACCCAGUGAUCAACCACACAGUCAUACUUCUUCAAAUCAUGUUAGUUUACCAUUUGUUUCGUUGACACAAUCACAAGGAACAAGAAACAACAAUAGACCACGUACACACUCGAGUUUUAAUGCAACGAAUUCUUUAUUUGAGGAAAACUUCUUCAACCAGCAAUACGAUUCAUUGGUUGAAUUUCAUUAUGCUGAAGAUUUACACAAACCAGUCACUGAAGUGACAGCUACAACUGAAACAAGAACAACGAAAAAAUCUCAUAGAUCUCAGCCUGUUAAUAAUACUUCGACUGAAACUGAUGUUGAUCCGCACAGAUUCUCUGUAAGGAGUAGUAGGAAAUCUCGAAAAUUGAUGCAUCGCUUGUGUGAAGAUGUUCCAUGUGUUUCACGGGGAUGUGAACAGCAUUCCUCACCGUCUUCAAGUUCACUGACAGAUAUAACUGCGGUGCCUAAUGUUUCAGUGAAUGGUCACCCUCGUGCUUCUUCAUCCGGUCAACGAGAACAUCACCAUUAUGAAAUAGGAAGCAGUGGAUGUUAUUCGAAAGAUGAUUUGCAUUCGGUAUCAAAUCGCCGUUUGAAUCCCACUCAUUCUGUAUCUAUACGGAUGCUCGAUCGACCUGAUUUCCACCUAGCUAUGUCUGGCAAAACGUGGGCUAUCAUACGAGAAUAUUAUCCCUGGCUUAUACCAAAGCUUGUAGUGAAGGGUACUGUGUUUGCUCGUUUUCGUCCGGAACAAAAAGCUCAACUGAUCGAAUCACUUCAAUCAGUUGGUUAUUUUGUUUCAAUGUGUGGUGAUGGCGCUAACGAUUGUGGUGCAUUGAAAGUAGCACAUGCUGGAAUUGCAUUAAGCGAAGCUGAAGCCAGUGUUGCUAGUCCUUUCACAUCGAAGCAACAAAAUAUUAGUUGUGUGCCUACACUUAUUCGUGAAGGUCGUUGUGCGUUGACUACUAGUUUUGGUGCAUUUAAAUUUAUGGUCGGUUAUUCAAUGAUUCAAUUUUUCUCUGUUAUAAUUUUAUAUUAUAUUGGCAGUAAUAUUUCUGACCUGCAAUUUUUAUUCAUCGACCUUUUCCUUAUCACAACUCUGGGUCUCACGUUUGGUUAUACUCCGGCGUAUCCUCGUCUCUCGGUGGAACCUCCUGCGAUGCGACUAGUGUCAACUGUGACCUUGUUAUCAUUGGGUUUGCAGUUACUCACUUGUGGUCUUGUACAAUUUUCAGUCUUUGUGUUUACCCGACUACAACCAUGGUAUUUACCACUGUUUACUUAUCAUGAAGAUUAUGAAUUAAAAAAUUAUGAAAGUACGGCCAUAUUCUCCGUAUCUGUCUAUCAAUAUAUCAUAUUGGCUAUUGUAUUCUCUAAAUCUGCACCAUAUCGUCGGUCAAUUCUUUCUAAUCAUUUAUUCGUUGUCAACCUUAUUGUAUGUAUUGCCGGAUCAUUAUACUUAACAUCUCAUCCAGCCCGUGUGGUUCGCAAAUUAUUCGAACUCUGUCGUUUCCCUUCAGUUUAUUUUGUAAUAAUUCUUCAUGGAAUAGUAUUGGGGAAUUUACUAUUUGGAUAUAUUUUGGAAUCGAUCGUUGAUGGCGUUUCAUUUCGACAACGAAUACGUCAUAUUCAACAUGCUUUAUUUCCCAGACAUGUUUCACGUAAAGACUAUGAACACAUUCGUGAUGAAAUAGAUAGAUUAGCUGGAGUGUGGCCACCAAUUAUACGAUCUGCUAGUGUACAAGCGUUACCAAGAGAGCUGUUCAAUGAAAGUGAUGUUGUUGGACAAACUGUACAAACAUCAAGAAAACGCUAUAAUUCAAGACUUUCAACUGAUAGUGAAUCUGAUGAGGAUUGUAUUCCAGUUACUUCUGAGGAGAAGGCUGUCCUGUGUAAUAGUUUACGUGAUAAUAAUAUUAUUCAUCAACAAGUACAAUUACAUUACAAUACUCAAUCUCCAUUUCAACCGUCUUGUGUUUUUGAUACUAUGCCGAAAAGUGCGAUCGAAAAUUCAUUUAACAAGAAACGGACACGUUCUACUAGCACCCAUAAUCGCCAUUCAUUUAACACUACGAGAAGCCUUGAAAGCAAAGGUAUCAAACGCAAUACUUCUAAGGAAAACAGUCCUAGACAACAAACGCCUGUAGUUCGGACUCCGACUCGACGAGCUGAACGUAUUCGAUCACAGAGUGGACCAAAACCACUUAGUCCAAAUCCCGUCGACGUUCAGUCGGACCCAUUCCAAUCAGCUACCUACCACUGA